AUGAUAAUGGGCGGAGCUACUAGGCGGCAGAAACAGGAAGUACCUGAACUGCAGUCAGAAUUAACAAAGUCCAACAGAACCUGCCUGAACAAGUGCUGGACAAACACACAGACCUGCUUCUGUCCACUCUGUAAAGAAAAGUUCAGCAGAAGACCUGAUCCUAAGAUUAAUACAACACUUAGAGAGGUUGUGCAGCACUUCAAGGAGAAGUUCAAUCUAGGAAGAUCUGAGGUGCUCUGUGACAUCUGUGAUGGAAGAAAGCAGAAAGCCGUGAAGUCCUGCCUGACGUGUCAAAGCUCUUACUGUGAGACUCACCUGGAGCCUCAUCACAGAGUCCCACGUCUAAAGAAACACACACUGGUCAACGCUGUGGAAAAUCUGGAGGAUUAUAUAUGCCAGAAACACGAGAGACCUCUGGAGCUGUUUUGCAGAGAUGAUCAGAUGUGUGUGUGUCUGUCCUGCAAUGAAGGAGACCACAGGACUCACAACACUGUUCCUAUAGAGGAGGAGAGUCAGCAGAAGAAGAAUCAGCUGCUUCAGACACAGACAGACGUGCAGCAGAUGAUCCAGAACAGAAUGAAGAAGAUUCAAGAGAUCCAGCACUCAGUAGAGAUGAGAAAG